UUAGUAUUGCAGUUACUCAUGCAUUAAAUAUGUAUGUGCAUGCUUAGAUGACAAAGUAAUGUAUUAAAAUUGCAAAACAAUAAAUUUUAAAAUUUAUGUCGCAAGGCAAAGGAAUGGUCCUACUAAUUUUUUUUGUUUAGCAUCAAUAUUAACCACCAGUAACAUUUAAAACUAAUAUUUUUUAGUUGUAUAUUCUCUCAAUAUACCAAUAGCAAUAAUUAAAGUUUUUUUUUAUUUUUUUAUUUGUGUAAUUAGUACGUAGUUUUAAGAUGAAAUUAUGCAAUUCUAAUUUAGUUUUAUUAAUGUUUGAACUUCUUAUUAAUAGAAGUUAUAUCAGAUACACAACAUAGAAUUAAUAUACAUUUCAUAUAAGUACUUGGUAUGGAUAAACAAAAUUUAUAAAUUAACCCGAAUGUAAGGUAUUUACACGUGCUUUUUUCCUCAUAAUAAAGAGGCAAAUAUCUCCUAAUUUGUUAUAGCUUGCUAAUUCUUUUCUCUAAAUUUAUUAAUGCUUUGCAAGUUAUCAAUAGUAGAACACAAGGAUGAGCAGGUCGGGUCAACCUCCGGAUCUCAAAAAGUAUAUGGACAAGCAGCUUCAAAUCAAGUUGAAUGCCAACUGCUUAGUUGUUGGGACUCUUCGUGGGUUUGAUCAGUUCAUGAAUUUGGUCAUUGACAACACUGUGGAAGUUAAUGGUAAUGAGAAGAAUGAAAUUGGCAUGGUGGUAAUUCGUGGUAAUAGUGUGAUGACAAUUGAAGCAUUGGAGCCAGUCGCCAGACCACAGUAG